AUGAAAGGACUUCCGUAUGCUAUAGCUGGUUUACUUUCUUGUGUGGCUACUGUCCAGUGCCUCGGAGAACCAUGUAAAGAUUGUGAUUUUACGUCGGUUGUUGAUAUCCUGUCAGCGAGCGCUAUGUUCUCCACUUUUCUAAGGGUCCUGCAAAGAAAUGGAGAUAUCCCAACGCUAAAUGAGUUGCAGAACUUUACAUUGUUGGCACCUGUCAAUACUGCUUUUGCUGGUCUUUCUGAUUCUGAAAGUAUCGCUGGCUUUGAUAUUUCUAAUUACAUCUUGAGAGAUAGAGUGCUGGAAACAUCAGCAAUUGAUAAUGGCACGUCAGUAAUAUAUGAAGGCGUCAAAUUCCCACUGGGACUCCGACGUGACGAGAGUGGCCCCAUAAGGAUCAAUGGGGCAGCUGUUGUGGAAUCUGAUCUCAAACCGAAUUUUCAAAACGCAACUGUUCAUGGUAUCUCUGAACUGCUACCAGACCCCCCAAAUAGCCGGGGUCUUGUUCACGAUAUUAACCGCGAGGGCCGAAGCGUAAAUAUCUUCCACUCAUUUGUGGAAAGCUUUCCUGGCUUUGAACAGAUGACGGACAAUAACACACUUCUUAUACCUUCAGAUGUCAAUUUUUUCAAAUGCUUCAAUCACAUAGAGAUCAACUACAUUUUGGAUACUUUCGAUGAACUGUCUUCUCUCGAUGGACCUCUGGCAGGUUCCUGGAGUCACGACAGACAAAUCUUCCUUCAGAAUUUGAUCUGCCACGGUAUUAUUGGCGGACAAACUGCGAAUAGGCAAAUCGUUAAAAAUCUCAACAAUCAACCAGUGCAGGUUACUAGUCAUGAACUUGGUUCAUCACUCUCGGUUAAUGAUUCAACGCCAUCAAACCAAGCCAAUAUGAUAUUUGACCGAGGAAUUGCGCACAGCUUCUCCGACCUGCCUUUCCUUCCUGAUGCCUUCCAAUUCACUGCUGAAAAAUAUUUGCAUGGGAUGAACAGUACGGAUUUCGUCAAAGAGCUAUAUUUUCGCAAGCUGCAGCAUAUGAUCCGGGAAAAGAGCCUACAUCAGAACUUAACGAUUUUUGUGCCAGAAUUCAACUCUAAUGAACAUCAAGGCUUCACCAAAUCGAGUCUGCUAUACCAUUUCGUGGAGUAUCAGCUUUGGCUGGAAGAAGAGUUUAAAGACGUAAACCGAAUUCAUUCUUCAACGAAGACGUUCCCUUCAGCAUUUUGCUCUUCAAACAAGCGACUUGGUGGAAACUGCCAGAGAUUAAGAAUCACUAAAACAGAGAGUUCCUAUAUCAUAAACGAUAAAUACAGAGUCUUGCAUGCGAAACCUUAUAUGGUAGGUCGAACUCUGGUAUACACCAUUUCUGAGGCCUUGCAAUUACCAGGAGAGUUUCUAUUCUCUUUGAAUCCGUUUCACCAUUGUUCAAAAUCACUAUCUCUUUUGCGGCAGGUAAACUUACUGAAUUUGCCACUCAAUAACAAGGGCUACACUAUUCUGCUGCCAUGCUUCGAUUCGUGGCGCAACUAUGAUCUCAACUUCGAAUAUCUAAGGAAUAAUGCUACGGCAGUAGAACAUAUUGCAAAGAGUAUGAUCCUACAAAGUCUAAUUUACAGUGACACCAAAACUCAAACCAUAGAAGUGAGCAAUAUGCUUGAUGAGGAGGUUUCCUUGUCGAUACACCCCCCUAGAUCGAACCGUGUGGAUAUUGAGUUGAGUAAUGUGGUCGGCAAAAUAAAGAUCGAAAGAGGUCUUGAUGCGCUUUUCAAUCAAGGCGUCAUACAUCCUUUAAAAGGUUUUUACCUUCCGAAGGAUAUUAAUAUAUCCCUGAAAGAUUUGAUUGAAACCAGCGGUGCCAACCGUUUUCUUGAGCUCCUAGAGAACCUUGAAGAUUUCACAUCGAUGAUCAAUGAAAGCAUACCGUUUUCCGUUCUGGUUCCGAUGUCAACUUUUCUCGGGCCGGGAGGCAUAACGGGCAGUUCAAAAAACCUGCAAGAUUUUCUGAAAGUUCAUCUGGCGAUUGGAAGCUCAACGCACAGCCUACUGAAAUGUGACGGGACAAUCAGCACUCUGUUCGGUGAACCACUCAUUUGCAGACAAAGUUCCACUGGCGAUUAUUGGCUCAAACUACAAAAUGGUGAUGACCAUGAAGUGCGUAUUUUACGCAGAGGCUGUGCCUCCUCGGGAAAUGAGUCGUGCGUCUUCCUCAUUGAUAGACCAAUUUCGAUACGCUGGCUAAACCGAGACAAAAAAUCACUACGGCUGCCAGGUAUCGCUAUCGGAGCGGGCGUUUUAGUGGGUUCAGUCUCCAUGCUAGCUGUAUUCUUGUGCAUAUUGUUGGUUUUAUUUGGUAAAAGCGCCAAGAGAUCACCUUUGCCAGCAUCGGCGGAUGAAGAGCAUACAAAUCAAGAAGCAAGGCCUCUUCUAGCCAACAACGACUCGUCAAGGGCAAUAUCAAACUUGAGCCACGAGCAAAACGGACGCUUCGAGAGCACUUACUCCUCCAAUGCAUCUGUACCAGCAAUAGACGUAGCAUAUAGUCCAAGGUAG